CUGUGAAUGUAGACUACACGGGUCUUUCUAUUGGCACACGGAUAAUGGGCUACAUACCCUGUGCUUCUGGCAUCUAUAUAUUGACAGAAAUUGAUGUCCUUUCCGAGGUAGGGUAGAGAUAACUAAAUGAAUCCUCUUCCCCCUCUUCCUUCAGUCCCUUUAAGAACCUGUCCGCUGUCAUGGAUUAUGCUCCAACAUUUUCUCAUGACACAGUCCUCAUUCUAAUGCUUAGUUCUACAAUUCAAGGACAGACUACAGUUCACCCUAUUCCUGUUUUAAUACAUUAUUCCACAGAUGCACGUCAUGUCUUACGGUGAUGCUUGCUGUAUCAUCAUUUUACCGGCUUGCUGGCUGCAAGGUUGCUAUGUAGCCUAGACUAUAGUACAUGACAUGAGUAGAUAUGCUGGUGCCCGUGGUGGAGUGGGGGAGGAUUGCUGGCGAGAUAAACAAGCAGCCAGCCAUCGCAUAAGGCAGCAGGAACAUGGCGGCGGCACAGUUAGCUAUAAUGCUGUUUCACCAAUCCGAAGGUCAGAGCCGGACAUAACGUACAGGAUUUAAAAGGAACCAAACUACUAGAUGUGGGUGAUGCCAAGAGGUUUCCAGUCGUUCCCCUCGUGCAGAGAUGCCCUGAGGUUGUCUUUGGACUGAUGCCGAGUGGCUGAUAUGCAUUGAAGAUGAGUGGUGUAGGAGAAAACUCUUCGGACCCUGGCCGGGCAGAGGCUCAGAAACGGAAAGAAUGUUCCUCAGAGCUGCUGGGCCCAAGCACCAAACGAAGCACUGAAAAGCGCAACCGGGAGCACGAGAAUAAAUACAUCGAAGAGCUCGCCGAGCUGAUCUUCGCCAACUUCAACGACAUUGACAACUUCAAUGUCAAGCCUGACAAAUGUGCAAUCUUAAAAGAGACUGUGAAGCAGAUUCGUCAGAUAAAAGAGCAAGAAAAGGCUGCCGCAGCCAACGAAGAGGAGGUGCAGAAGGCUGAUGUGUCGUCGACAGGCCAAAGUGUUAUUGACAAAGAUGCCCUCGGACCCAUGAUGCUUGAGGCCCUGGAUGGCUUCUUCUUCGUGGUGAACAUGGAGGGCAACAUCGUGUUUGUGUCGGAGAACGUGACGCAGUACCUGCGCUACAACCAGGAGGAGCUGAUGAACACCAGCGUGUACAGCAUCCUGCACGUGGGAGACCACGCCGAGUUCAUCAAGAACCUGCUGCCCAAGUCCCUGGUGAACGGGACUCCAUGGUCAGGCGAGAACCCGCGGCGGAACAGCCACACGUUUAACUGCCGGAUGCUGGUGAACCCGCACAGCGAGCCGGAGGACGAGCAGCAGGAGCAGGAGGUCCAGCAGAAGUACGAGACCAUGCAGUGCUUCGCCGUGUCCGAGCCCAAGUCCAUCAAGGAGGAAGGAGAGGAUUUCCAGUCGUGUCUGAUCUGUGUGGCGCGGCGGGUUCCCAUGAAGGAGAGACCCAUAAUGCCCACACACGAAAGCUUCACCACCCGCCAGGAUCUCCAAGGUAAGAUCACCUCCCUGGACACCAGCUCGUUGCGGGCCUCCAUGAAGCCCGGCUGGGAGGACCUGGUGCGGCGGUGCAUCCAGAGGUUCCACCUCCAGAACGACGGCGAGAUGUCCUUCGCCAAACGCCACCAGCAGGAGGUGCUGAGGCUUGGGCAGGCGUUCAGCCCCAUCUACCGCUUCUCGCUGGCGGACGGCACCAUCGUGUCUGCACACACCAAGAGCAAGCUGGUCCGCUCCCCCACCACCAGCGAGCCCCAGCUCUACAUGUCUCUACACAUCCUACAGAGAGAGCAGCCGGUGUGUGGCAUGCCCCAGGAGAUGGGCGCCGGGCAGGGGCUGGGCAAACCCCUGAACCCCGUCUCCUCCAUGCCCAACCCAGGGGGCCCCCAGGGCCAAGACACCACAGUCAGCAGCAACAUCUCCUCCUCUUCCAACAGCGGCUUCCCUGCCCAAGGGGGCCACAGGGAGCCAGGGGCCUCCAUGGGCCCCUCGCCGGGCUAUCGCUUCAACUGCCCAGGCCCCGCGGGGACAGGCCAGGGUGGCACCUACGGGGGACUGAAGAUGAACAGCCCUUCUCAGGGCAGCCCUAGCAUGCUGUCACCGCGGCAACGGGGCAGCCCAGGCGCCGCUGGGUCGCCACGGCUACCCCCGCCGCAGUUCUCCCCGGCGUCGGCCGGUGGAGGCACGGUCACCGGCGGCAACAGCAGCGGUGGCAGUAGCAGUCUGCACUCGCCCGCGCCGGGCCACGGAUACACAAGCAGCUCCCUCAACGCCCUGCAGGCGCUCAGCGAGUGUCACACUGUCAGCCUGGGUCAGAGUGGCCUCGGCUCGCCGGACAGGAAGACCAUGGGCUCGCCCGCCUCGGCCGGGCUCAGCUCACACAUGCUCAGCAAGAUGGCCGCCGGGGCAGCGGGAGCUGCGGCGGACGGGUUCGGAUCCGACCAGCAACAGAAUCAGAACCAGGCGAUGGAUUCUAGCCAGAGCCAGAGGCAUCAGUCGGAGGAUGGGUCCGACCCAAAGGACGAGAAGGACCCCAGUUUAGGCGGGUUCGGGGGACCUGGGGCAGGCGAUUCGGCCGGGGACGCCCAGAGCCGUCUCCACGACAGUAAGGGCCACACCAAGCUGCUGCAGCUGCUCACCACCAAGACGGAGCCCAUCGAGCCGCCCUCCCCGCCCGGGGACCCCAAGGACUCCUCGUCCGGGGGCCCUAUGGGGCUAGGGCUCGGGGGCCCUGGUGGAAUGGGAGGCCCCGGACCCACAGGGGCCCAUGCCACCUCCCUAAAGGAGAAGCACAAGAUCCUCCACCGGCUGCUCCAGAACAGCACGACGCCCGUAGACCUUGCCAAGCUGACGGCCGAGGCCACCGGCAAGGAAAUGGGCCCGGACGGCGCCCCAGGGGGCAACGGAGGCUCCACCAAUGUCGGGGGUCUUGGGGAGCUGAACCCCAAACAGGAGCCCAUCAGCCCCAAGAAGAAGGACAACGCACUGCUGCGCUACCUGCUCGACAAGGACGACAACACCAAGAUCAAGGUGGAGCCCGGCGGAGAGAUCAAACUGGAGUCUGGCGGCAAGAUGCCAAUGGUGAAGACCGAGAAGACCGAGAUGGGCUACGACAGAGCCGAGCCGUCGAGUGAGCUUGAUGACAUCCUGGAUGACCUGCAGAACAGCCAGCCGGGUCUUUUCGGCGAGGCCCGGCCCCAGUCCCUGCCGGCUGCCAUGGACAAACAGUCCAUCAUCAACGACAUCCUGCAGAUGAGCCAGGACGCCGGCGCCGCCAUGGGGCCCAACCAGCAGCACAAGGCCUUCCCCCCCAUGGGCCAAGGCAACUUUGGCGGCCCCAGACCGGGUCAGCCAGGCAGAGCCCCCCCUGCAAGAAGCAUGUCUCUGGACAUCAACAUGGCUACCAAGGGCUCGCCAGGCCAGUUCCCCCUCAUGAGGAACAACAGCCCCUACAGCAUGAUGCAGCAGCAAGGCAUGAUGGGAAAUCACGGGGUCAUGGGCAACCAAGCCGGCAUGGUCAACCCAGGUGUGAGGGGGGCCAACCUGCAGCAGGAGCCCUGGGGCCCCCACGGCCCCGGCGUGAACAGCUCGGCCCCGACUUCAGCGUCUGCGGCCCAGGCUCUCCAGCAGGGGGCGAUGCACGGGCGCAUGGUGGCCAACGCGGGGGGAGCCGGAGGGCAAAUGAGGCCCAACAGCCAACCGGGUCCGAGACAGAUGCUGCAGCAACAGAUGAUGCCUGGAGGACAAACAAUGGAUAUAGGCAUGGUGGCACACCAGUUCUCCCAGCAGCAGGUGCCGCCCAAUCAGACAGCCCCGUGGCCCGACAGCAUGAUGCCCAUUGACCAGGUGUCAUUUGCCGCCCAGAAUAGUGACGGCGGUGCUGAUGAGGGGGCCCUGCUCAGUCAGCUGUACAGCGUGCUGAAGGACGCAGACUGCCUGGACGAGAUCGACAAGGCCCUCGGCAUCCCCGCUCUGGUGGGACAGAGUCAGGACCAUGGUCAGGACCCCGGUCAGGAUCCCGGUCUGCUGAUGGAGCAGAAGCUGCCAGUCUACCCUCCUCAGCAGUACGGCCAUCCCCCCGGUCACAUGACGCAGGGCGGCUACGGGCCGAUGCAGGACCCCACGGGGGCGCCAGGCUUCCACGGCAUGCCGGUGCAGAUGGGCCAGAGGCCUGGCUACCCCAUGCCGCUGCGCAUGCAGCAGAGGCCCGGGCUCCGGCCGCCCGGCGUGGUGCCCAACCAGCCCAACUCGCUCCGGCUGCAGCUGCAGCACCGCUUGCAGGCCCAGCAGAAUCGUCAGCCAGUACUGAGCCAGAUGGCGGGAGUGUCAAACAUGAACCUACCUCUCAGACCCAAUGUACCCAAUCAGGGGACCAUCAACGCUCAGAUGCUAGCCCAGCGGCAGCGUGAGCUGCUGAGUAACCACCUGCGCCAACGGCAACAGCAAGUCCAGCAGGCGCAGCAGCAGCAGCAGCAGGCCCAACAGCAGCAACAGCAGGCCCAACAGCAGCGCACCCUCGCCAUGAGGGCCCAGGGCCUCAACCUGCCUCCCAACAUAGCCGCCGCCGCAGCUGCCGCCGGCCUGCCCGGCGCCCUGGGCAACGCCCGGAUGCCCCAGGCCAGCCCCCAGCAGUUCCCCUACCCACCCAGCUACGGUACAGGCCUGGCCUCUCCGCCCUCCUGCACCAGCCCCUACUCCCCGGUCUCCCCCAACCUCCCCCCCCCUCCGCCGGCCCCCCAGCUCCUCGCCCACAGCUCCUUGCAUGGCUCCCAGAUGGGUCUGGCUAACCAGGGAAUGAUGGGAAACAUGGGCGGACAGUUUGGGGGCGUUAUGAGCCCCCAAAUGCAGCACAGUGCCUUUCAGUUUCCCAGCUCAGGUAUGAGUCAGCAGCCUGAUGGGGGUUUCGGAGGAGCCACCACCCCCCAGAGCCCCCUCAUGUCCCCCCGCAUGGGCCACGCCCAGAGUCCCAUGAUGCAGCAGGGCCAGGGCAGCGCCAGCUUCCAGGCCUCGCCCGACAUGAACGGCUGGCCGCCGGGGAACAGCAUGUUCACACAGCAGUCUCCACCUCAGUUCGGCCAGCAGUCCAACGGCAACAUGUACAACGGCAACAGCAUGAACCUCAACGUCUCCAUGGCAACCAACGCCAGCAGCAUGGGGCAGUUGGGCAGCCAGAUGAACGUCACGUCCAUGGCCUCCGAUCAGAAAUACUGUUGACCUCAGUGAUGGCAGAUGUCCCUAUGAUGCACCCCGGCACAACCCUCUCCCCCUCCGGACAGAAUCCCCAACCAGGCAGCCAGCCAGCCAGCCAGCGAGCCCUCUCCAGCAUACAGACCUCCAGCUCCUGACCCAGCCUCCAGGACCCAGGCCUGGCUGCACCCCGACCGCUGCCCAGCCUAGAGCGUUCCCGGCUGGGAAGCGGUCCUGCAUCCAUCCCCCUGUGGUGGGGGGCUGUUCCAGGACAAACCAGGGGGUGUCGGCUGGGCCAGUGAGCUUUUUCGGAAGAGGCCAGAGCGGGCCAGCGGGGGUGUUGGACAUCGCUUUGAGCUUUUGGACCUGCAGCCCGUAUCUACCCCAGCACCCACCUUUGGCCCCAGUCUGAGCCUCCACACACACAUUCAAACACCCCACACACACAUUCAAACAACACACACACACACACACACACACACACACACACACACACACACCAGCCCCCCCUACAAGUGCAAAGCCCUCUCAGUAAAGUGAGCCAGUCUCUUCUAUCGCAUUCACCGUAGUGUGACUUAGGUUUCCCCCCACCCCUCAAACACACACACACACACACACACACACCUGC